AGGGUUGGGGUUACAAGUCUCAAAGAUGUGAUGCCCUUCCUUCUUUUCGAAGUUAUCCUUAUACAAGCCAAAAUUAGACUUUUCAACCCAAAAGUACGAAAGAAAGGACGUUACGGUGGUACCAACGUUCGUUCCUGUUGUGGAGCUCGAUUUGCUGUGGAACUCUCGAGGACAAGUAUUAAGCUUCGGGGUUCUCUUGUGUACGUUUGGCCAUUUGUCUUGGGCACAUAUUUUCCCCAAUACAGCCACCUUAGCUCAUUUUCUAGAUUGGACACCCGUCCCGACCGUAGUAGUUUACCAUCUGUCCAUAUCGCAGUCAACAUCGAACAUAUAUAUAUUAAAGACCCACCUGCCAAUGGAACAAAGUAAAGCCAAGCAACAACCAAGAAAGACCAACAAGAAACAAUUUGUUUGAUUGCUAAGAAAGGAAUCCAAAUUCAACCCCCAAAAUAGACAAAAUUCAACAACAAAAUCUCAUAGUACUAGAUUAUGAUCACUUUGAUCAAAUGGAUGAAUUGAAACCUUCAAUGAAAUGAUUAACCCCUUUAAACCCAUCUUUGGAUCUCAACCACAGAUCCAUCACAACAAAUUCAACACUUAUGGACCCUUCUACUUCUCGCCCAGCUGUAGUUAUUGACAAUGGAACCGGGUAUACAAAAAUGGGUUUUGCUGGAAAUGUUGAGCCAUCAUUUAUACUGCCUACAGUUGUUGCUUCUAAUGAAUCAUUUGUCAAUCAACCUCGAGCUUUAACUAAGAGCAACAACUGGUUAGCACAGCAUAGUGCAGGUGUUAUGGCUGAUCUUGAUUUCUUUAUUGGUGAAGAGGGUUUGAGUAGAUCUAAAUCUAGUGGUACUUAUAAUCUUAGUUAUCCUAUUAAACAUGGACAAGUUGAUAAUUGGGAUUCGAUGGAGCGGUUUUGGCAGCAAUGUAUAUUUAAUUACCUGAGGUGUGACCCUGAGGAUCAUUAUUUUUUGUUGACUGAAAGCCCUAUGACUGCACCAGAGAACCGAGAAUAUACGGGUGAAAUUAUGUUUGAGACAUUUAAUGUUCCAGGGCUUUAUAUAGCUGUGCAGCCGGUUCUUGCUUUGGCAGCUGGGUACACAGCAUCUAAGUGUGAGAUGACUGGAGUCGUAGUGGAUAUUGGAGAUGGUGCUACCCAUGUUGUACCUGUUGCUGAGGGUUAUGUUAUUGGGAGCAGCAUUAAGUCAAUUCCCGUUGCUGGGAAAGAUGUUACUCUCUUCGUUCAGCAGCUCAUGAAGGAAAGGGGCGAACAUGUUCCAGCAGAAGAUUCCUUUGAAAUAGCACGAAAAGUGAAGGAAAUGCAUUGCUACACUUGUUCUGACAUUGUGAAGGAGUUCAAUAAGCAUGAUAAAGAACCAGGGAAGUACAUCAAGCACUGGAGAGGUACAAAACCUAAGACAGGAGCACCUUAUGCAUGUGAUGUUGGCUAUGAGCGAUUUCUUGGUCCUGAGGUUUUUUUCAGUCCUGAGAUUUAUAGUAGUGAUUUUACGACCCCUUUACCUGAGGUGAUUGACAAAUGUAUUCAGUCUGCGCCAAUAGACACAAGAAGAGCUUUAUAUAAGAAUAUUGUUCUCUCUGGAGGGUCAACCAUGUUCAAAGACUUCCAUAGAAGAUUGCAGCGAGAUCUCAAGAAGAUUGUGGAUGACCGUAUUCUUGCAUCAGAUACUCGGUUAGGUGGAAAUGUCAAAGCACAUCCAGUUGAAGUGAAUGUGGUCAGUAAUCCUAUCCAGAGAUAUGCAGUUUGGUUUGGAGGUUCUGUACUAGCUUCAACUCCGGAAUUUUUUGCGGCUUGCCAUACAAAGGCAGAAUAUGAGGAAUAUGGAGCUAGCAUUUGCCGGACAAACCCUGUAUUUAAGGGAAUGUAUUGAUAUUGAACAGACUCAAACUGAUGAUUGUAAAGGCAUUUAUUGUCAAGAUGUUAAACAUCUUAACAGCCCGAUCCAUCCGUCCUUGGUGCACAGCUUCAAGCUGAAAUCCUACAUUGCAGGGCCUUCAGUUAAUGUUAACCGAUUGGAGGCAGUGUAGGAUGGACCUGUAACAGAAUGGGUUCUUGUUCUUUUCUCCAUGAGCAGCGCACUAGUUCUGGCGUUGCAGGAAAUAGGCUUUCAUCGGCUGGAUUGGUUGGCACUUCCAUUUUGCAGAUGGUUUCAAAGAUCAGUUAGAGAACAUUUACUGAGCUGAAUGUUAUUUUCUGUGUGUUCAGCUCAGUCUAGGGAUUUACCAGUUUUUGUAAGAGAGCAGCAUAAUAAGCUUCAAACAGAUUCAGGUUUUUUUUAAUGAUUAAAUGACUGAUUAGAGUAGUAUUAGUGCUCUAUGUCCAAGAAUCAUGUAGAAGCUUUUUUUCUCUGUAGAUGCAUUCUGAACGUUAAAGCUAUACCUGUAUAUCUUGUUUACAGCUGGACCUUCAUUCUUUUUCUAGGAACAGUAUUGUAUCCAAGUUAUUUUGUCUGGUGCAAUUUAAUCUGCAUCUGUUUGGUCA